AUGCACUGUAUCGAUCACCUAAAGGUGCGAUCUGCUGAGAAAUUGGUAACGAAGAUCCUGGAAAUGGACCGUGAUGCGGAGGGCUGUGAUUGGUCACUUCCUGGCCGUGAUCAGAAAUAUCAUGGGCAGUGCUAUUGUGGGGCUAUUCUUCGAAUACUGGAGGAGGUAAUAAUACUGAGGACUACCGCCCUUAAGACCUGGAUUUCUUCUAUAUGCCCCGAUCCUGUCCUUGCCCAGGCCUUUAUACCUUCAUCUUCGAUGAGCCAUUCAGACUCUUCAGGAACCCAUGAGCCUAAGGCUCACUUGGAGAUCUAUAGCGAACCUAUAGGGGAUGACUAUAAAGAACGGGAAAUACGAUAUGGUCGAGAAUAUCCUCAGAAACAUGGUGACCGACACCCCUGGCCAAUCGAUGAGGUAUACUCUUCUACUUUGGUAUUCCUCUCACAUCAAUCGAACAUUGCUGAUGAUAACAGUACGAAGAAUCGCGACAACGUUUUUGGCGUUGAUUUUGUGUAUAUGCAGCCUUGGGAGGUACCCUUGAACUGUGAUUUUCACAUUAUUGAUCUUACACAACCUGAUUGGUGGGAAAUAUAUGUGGACAUCAGCCUCGUGCAUAUCAAUGACCUCGGCGGUGACAUCUCGCUGCUGAAAUGUCUACUGGCUGGAGCAUUCAGAUGCUGUAUGCCAUGUGGAGUGGUAGAGCUCCACGGAAUCACACUCGAUCUUUACAACCGAAAAGGCCCGGCGUAUAGUUUCUACAAAGAUCUACAGACAGCCUACUAUAAAGAUGAAAGACAGCUCAGUUUACCUGAACGGUAUGGCAGUGAACUAUCAAAUCAUGGCUUUAUCAAUGUGGCUUCGCAUCAGUAUAGGAUCCCUUUAAAGUCGGAAUACUCUACCCAUUUACAAAAGAGGUUCCUAAAGACCUGGCUCGAUGGUCUAGAGGCACUCGCCCUUGAUUUGAUGACGAAACAUCUGGGAUGGACACGCGAAAGAACAUUACUUGAAUGCGCAUUGGCACGUGAGGAGCUUCACAAUGGAACCGAUGGAUUCCUAACUAUUGCACCUAAUCGACCUCUCAUGGAUGAUCAAAAGGAGAAUCUCCCUAUCGCUCUUGCUGUAAUAAUACGAACGUACACUCACUACCAGGUCUCUACGAACCUCCAAGGUCAUUGUUUUAUCUCACUCAAAAAGAGCCAUAAUACUAUUUCAAUGGUGCCAAGUGGUGUGAGCUUCUCUUCCUUGGCAGACAAUUCCAAAAUGGAUGGGGCUGAGAGUGAUCGACUGAAGCCAUGCAUUUCUUGUUCCGUAUUAGGAGAAUAUGCCAUGUGUAGAUAUGUUAUCAGCGACCAAGACCGGGACUCACUCGAGAAUUCGGAAUUCUUCGAAAACUUACAGCAAGAAAAAAUCAUACUUCAAGCUCAGCUUACAGAAAUAGAAUGGCUAGCGAAGUUUACCUCCACUAAAGCUACACAGAGGGUGUACACUGCGGAGCUUAUGGUACUAUGCUAUCAGCUGCGCCUAUUGGAUGGCUCACAGCGUCCGACGGUUGGGAAUUUUGAACAAUGGGCCCAGAACCGUGCAACGAACAGAGAAAUGGCGCAGCAGUCCGCCUCGCAAAGGGCGCAGUUCGCGACAAGAGAUCGGGCCCUAACUGAUACCCGGUCUCGAAAAAGAGUUUUCUUUUGCGGGAAAUCACUCAACAGAUGCCUUGUAGUGACGCAGGACAAGCGCUAA